UGCCCAUUGAUUGUUAACCAAUUUUCGCAACACCGAACUAUGAUGUGAGAAAGCCUUGCUUACUGGGGCGGGGGGGGUCGCUUUCAUUCAAGUAAGUAUCUUCCCUUCCUAACAUGUAAUAUGCAUACUGAAUGAAACCUUACCAUUGUUUGAAGUCAUGUUAUUCGAAUUUAUCCUAUGUGGAAGCCUGAUUGUAACAGCUUGCGGUACCUCGACACCUAUCAAAUCAAAUACCUCUACAAACUCAUGUGUACAACUGGCAGCUGCUUUGCCAGGUCAAGUGUAUGAUCCGGGAACAGUGAAUUACACUACAGAAACACAGUCCUUUUUCUCAAAGAUAGCAUGGCUCAGUCCCUAUUGCGUCUUCUCACCCUUAACUUCGGGUGAUCUUGCCACUGGUGUUAAGAUUCUUGCCCGGACCAAUACUUCAUUUGCCAUUCGGAGUGGUGGCCAUGCGGCAGUGGCCGGCAUCGCAUCUACUGAUUAUGGGGUUAUGAUCGCGACAACAAGUUUCACGGAAAAGACACUUGUUCCACUACCGAAUGACUAUGGUGUACCAUAUCUAAGAGCCGGGGCUGCCUUUCGCUGGUCGGACAUCUAUGAGUUUUUGGAACCAUACGGCUUGAUCGCUGUGGGUGGCCGUGUCGCUCCAGUUGGCAGCUCCUUAGUUUUAGGAGGCGGCCUUAGCUACCAUGCUUCUCUUUACGGAUGGGCUGCUAACAAUGUUGUUAACUUUGAAUUGGUGACAGCAAAUGGAACUAUUCUACAAGUUAAUGAUGCUACUUACCCAGAUCUCUUUUGGGCGCUCAAAGGUGGUUCCAAUAAUUUUGGGGUCGUCACUCGUUAUGACCUCAAAACAUAUGAGAGCGGACUCGUAUUUGGUGGUAGCGUUCAAUGGGGAGCAGAAGCUACUCAGCAAUACCUAGAUGCCUACACUGCUUAUAUAGCCCCAGGUGGGGGUAUCGAUGACGCAAAUGGAAACUUGAUGCCCGAUUUCAGCUACAACCCAAUGACCGGUGCUGAGAGCUCUGGAACCGUUUACUUUUACAAUGGGAAUGAUCCAAGUCCCAAAGCUUUCGAGAAUUUCACAGCUAUACCAACGGUUUCUAGCGAAGUUGGCAUCAUGAAUUUCAGUGCUAUUGUGAGCCAGACUGAAUUUUUCGCCUCUUUGGUCAACCGAUGGAGCUGGUACGAUACAUCCAUCCUAUUCAGCAAUGAAACGUCGGAGCUCGUUUACAACGUAGUCGUUGGUAAUGCGAAAUUGCAACUUUCCCAGGUCAAUUGCACAGUUGGAUUUGCAUUAGAGCCAAUGACAGUAGCCAUGCAGCACGCAGCGGUCGCUAGCGGAGGUGAUGCCAUAUCGCUCAAUCCAUCCAAGGGUAAUUUCUUGGUUGCUGAAAUUUACGUAGACUGGAGCAAUCCAAAUGAUGACCAAAUAGUGAAGGCAUUCCUAACAUCUACAAUCGCAGAGAUAGAAGAGCAAACGAAAGCUAAAGGGUUGUACUAUCCAUUCAAGUGGCUCAACGACGCGGGAAUUGGCGAAAAUCCUAUUUUAUCAUAUGGUUAUGGUACCUCGCUGUCUAAAUUGCGAGCCAUUAGCAAAAAAUAUGAUCCGAAUGGCGUUUUCCAGAAAUUAGUUCCUGGGUUUAAGUUAGGGUUUGAUUUCGCGGGAGUCUAGAUAGGCAUGAUGAGCAUGAUCGUGAAAGGAAAAAUGAGUCUCAUUAUCUUGGAUAACAAUGAACAAUAAUUGUAGCCAUCAAUGAACUUCAGUUGCGACCUUCCAGUCAGGACUCAGGCGUGUUUAAAUG